GUAGUGCGGGCAGGAGGAGGCGCGGGUGCCGCCUGGGAAGCUCGAGGUGAGACGGGAGGCCUGCUUGUGCCCUCGGGCCUGUGAAGACCCCAGAGGUCCGGGUAGAUCAUGGAAGAGAAGUGGUUGCUGUGUGUGUUACUAGUCCUUGGAACUACUGUCAUUCAGGCUCAUGAGGGCCAUGAUGAUGAUGUGAUUGAUAUUGAGGAUGACCUAGAUGAUGUCAUUGAAGAGGUAGAAGACUCAAAACCAAAGACCAGCACUCCUCAAUCUCCAAAGGUCACCUACAAAGCUCCAGUUCCAACAGGAGAAGUGUAUUUUGCUGAUUCCUUUGACAGAGGAACUCUGUCUGGGUGGAUUUUAUCCAAAGCCAAGAAAGAUGACACUGAUGAUGAAAUUGCCAAAUAUGAUGGAAAAUGGGAGGUAGAUGAAAUGAAGGAAACAAAACUUCCAGGUGACAAAGGACUUGUUUUGUUGUCUCGGGCCAAGCACCAUGCCAUCUCUGCUAAACUGAACAAGCCCUUCCUGUUUGAUACCAAGCCUCUCAUUGUUCAGUAUGAAGUUAAUUUCCAAAAUGGAAUAGAAUGUGGUGGUGCCUAUGUGAAACUACUUUCUAAAACCCCAGAACUCAACUUGGACCAGUUCCAUGACAAGACCCCUUAUACAAUCAUGUUUGGUCCAGAUAAAUGUGGAGAGGACUAUAAAUUGCACUUCAUCUUCCGCCACAAAAACCCCAAAACGGGUGUAUACGAAGAAAAGCAUGCUAAGAGGCCAGAUGCAGAUCUGAAGACCUAUUUUACUGAUAAGAAAACACAUCUUUAUACAUUAAUCUUGAAUCCAGAUAAUAGUUUUGAAAUAUUAGUGGACCAAUCUCUUGUGAACAGUGGAAAUCUACUAAAUGACAUGACUCCUCCUGUAAAUCCUUCACGUGAAAUUGAGGACCCAGAAGACCGGAAACCUGAGGAUUGGGAUGAAAGACCAAAAAUACCAGAUCCUGAUGCUGUCAAACCAGAUGAUUGGGAUGAAGAUGCUCCUGCUAAAAUCCCUGAUGAAGAAGCCACAAAGCCUGAAGGCUGGUUAGAUGAUGAGCCUGAAUAUGUAGCUGAUCCCGAUGCAGAAAAGCCAGAGGAUUGGGAUGAAGAUAUGGAUGGAGAAUGGGAGGCCCCUCAGAUUGCUAACCCUAAGUGUGAGUUGGCCCCUGGGUGUGGUGUUUGGCAGCGACCUAUGAUUGACAACCCUAACUAUAAGGGCAAGUGGAAGCCCCCCAUGAUUGACAACCCUAACUACCAGGGAAUCUGGAAACCCCAGAAAAUACCAAAUCCAGAUUUCUUUGAAGAUCUGGAACCUUUUAAAAUGACUCCUUUUAGUGCUAUUGGUUUGGAACUGUGGUCCAUGACUUCGGACAUUUUUUUUGACAACUUUAUCAUUUCUGGUGAUCGAAGAGUAGUUGAUGAUUGGGCCAGUGAUGGAUGGGGUCUGAAGAAAGCUGCUGAUGGGGCUGCCGAGCCAGGUGUAGUGGGCCAGAUGCUGGAGGCAGCCGAGGAGCGCCCUUGGCUCUGGGUAGUCUACGUUUUGACUGUAGCACUGCCUGUGUUUCUCGUAAUCCUAUUCUGCUGUUCUGGAAAGAAACAGUCCAGUCCUGUGGAAUACAAGAAGACUGAUGCUCCUCAGCCAGAUGUGAAGGAGGAAGAAGAAGAGAAGGAAGAAGAAAGGAACAAGAGAGAUGAAGAGGAGGAAGGUGAAGAGAAACUUGAAGAGAAGCAAAAAAGUGAUGCUGAAGAAGAUGAUGACACUGUCAGUCAAGAGGACGGAGAUAGGAAAUCUAAAGCAGAGGAGGAUGAAAUUUUGAACAGAUCACCAAGAAACAGAAAGCCUCGAAGAGAGUGAAACUAUUUUAAGAACUUGAUCUGUGAUUUCCUCUCCCUCCUCCCUCCCAUUCCUCUGCAAGUGUGGUCCUAGGAGAGGACCUGGCACACCAUAGGUUGAAACUCAAAAACCUCCAGAUGUCACCUUCAGCAGUUUCAGUCGAACACUAGCCUACGUAAUUUUAAACAUCUAGCAGUAAAUAAUUGCAAUUGUGACAAAAAGGACCCUGUUUCUGUAGAAAGAAAGCAUUUAACAAUGGUUGUGAAAUGUAACAUGAAGCAACUAACUUGUGUUGUUUUUGUUGUUGUUUUUAAACAUCUUUUUGUUUGUUUUUUAAAUAGAGUGAUAGAACUUUGGUAUUCUUUAAAAUCUUGGCUUAAUUUAAUAUAUUAAUGUGUCCAUGCAGAAAUAAUACCAACUUUUAGAAAUGCUAGGGGGAUGAAUCACAAUUUUUAUAACCAAUUUUGAGUUUGGUAUAUUACAAAACAUUCAAGUAUCUCUGUCCCUUAAAAUUGAUAAUCAUAUUUAAAGUGCAGUUGUUUGUGGUUAUAAUCUUGUGUUGCUUGCUUCCAUUACUCAAUUCUUCCUAAAGAAAUUGAGGAGAGGGAUUGGAUGGGUGGAAGCCCACAUUUAUAUAAAGGCUCUGUUUAAAUAUAUUAAAAAGAAAAAAACUUUUCUCUAGAUGUUGGUUAGACCAUAAAGUGUGUAUUCUUGGAAGAGCUCAGUGCACAGACAGCUUUGCAGUUAGUGGAGGAGGUGGCAUUCAGGCCUUUGUAUUCUACACAUCAGGCAUGUCUGGGCUACAGCCUUCUUGAGCAGGUGGCUUUUUAAGGACUGCUACCAAGACGUGAGCUCCAGAGUAAAUGCAGGUGUUUUCUUUUGAAUAUUUUUUUAUUGAUUUUAGAGAGAGAAGAAGGAUGAGGGAGAGAGAGAUAGA